ACUUAUAGCACCUUCAACUUAUUCGGUUGCAAAGCCAAUGUCGAAGCAGAUUCGCUCCAAAUCUGCCAAUUCCCCAUCGCGGCAAUGUUGAGAGUGCGCACCUCACAGGAGCGCGGUAAUUCCUACGUAUGUGCCUUCUGCCGUCACAAACUCUCGCCCAGGGAUUCGCAGCCCAGAGAUCGCCAUGUAUCCAGCGUCGGAGCCCCAAUAACAUCAGUUAGAGCCAUUCGGCCAUCUUCGUGUCACUAUCUACGAUUACCUGGUGUGCGCGCCUUGUCGACGAGCUCUAUACUUCACGGACCGAACGAUAAUGGCAAGCCGGGAGGCUUCCCGGGGAGUGGUUUUCCUGGCGGGUUCGGAGCUGGAUUAGGGUCUUUCGGAGCAUUUGCGAACAAGCCGUCACCAGAUGCUUCGAAGCAAAGCGUUGACUUGCUUCCUCAUGAGCUAGAAGCUCGUAAAAAGAUGGGAUUGCCUUUGAAGAAACCUACUCCCAAUGUUAAGGCUGCCCCCACCCCGCCAUCUGCACAAAGCAACAUCAAGAAGCCACCAGGCCUCCAGAACGCAAAUCAAAAUCAAAGCCAGAAGAAAAAUACACCUCAAGCGAGAGUCAACCAGCAACCAAACCGAUCGAACGACGGAAACAACCAUGCCAGACAACAGCAACAGCGGGACGCAAAGCCAACAACGCCCCCAUCGAACCUGUUGUCAAGCUCAAUUCUUGCUGAAGCUUUCAGGACAGAUCGCACACCGGCUCCAGUGGCAACGCCCAAGUCAUGGUCUACUAAUGAGUCUCCCAAGCCGGCUGCACCCCCUUGGGGAGCUUUCAGCGCUCGAAAGGUUGAUACUCAUAUACCCCUCAUCAGUAGACAAACGGAGGCGAAACCUGCAGAGAAUCAAAACAAGAACAAACCGCAAAACGUCGCACCAGCAACAGGCCAGGAAGAUGAUGAGAGCGUAUGGGGCCAGCUUAAGCGCUCCCGCAAGCUGAAAGAAAAACCAGGCCGCGAGAAUGAUGGUUUCUGGGACGCACUUGAAAGUCGGGUCACAAAUAUUCGUAGCAGACCUGGCCCCAGCGACCAAUACAAGGAUGCGCUUCAGGGGGCGGAUGGCAUGUUACAAGAUUCUCAGCAGUCGCAGGAAGACCAGAUAAGGCGCAAGUCACGUUUCGAGAUGGAGGAAGACGAUGUGUUUGAUAGGCGGAGAGACAAGAAGGACAAGCGCCCCAAGAAUGUUCGUCGGAACGAGGCCGAAGAUGAUGACUUUGAUGAAGAUUCAAUUCGACGCUGGGAAGCUAGACAGCGUAAGAAGGCCGAGAGAGAUGCAAGAAAACGCCUUGAGGAAGCUGCAGAGGCUGCUCCCGUACCCAUCUUUCUCCCCGAGUACAUUAGCAUCUCCAACUUGGCCGGUGCUCUCCAGAUCCGUAUAACCGACUUUUUACAUGAUCUGGAGUCCAUGGGAUUUGAGGAUCUCUCGGAGGAAACCAUCAUGACUGGUGAUACGGCAGCCCUUGUCGCUCAGGAGUACGGCUAUGAUCCCACAGUGGACACUGGUUCUCAGCGCGACCUCCAGCCUCGACCGGCGCCCGAAGAUCCAUCCCUAUUGCCAAGCAGGCCUCCUGUUGUCACCAUUAUGGGCCACGUCGAUCACGGAAAGACUACUCUUUUGGAUUGGCUACGUAAGUCUUCGAUUGCUGCCCAGGAGCACGGUGGCAUCACACAACACAUCGGUGCCUUUGUCGUACAAAUGUCGUCAGGCAAACAGAUUACCUUCCUUGAUACACCAGGUCACGCUGCGUUCUUGUCUAUGCGUCAGCGAGGCGCCAAUGUCACAGAUAUUGUAGUGCUGGUUGUGGCUGCCGACGACAGUGUUAUGCCACAGACUUUAGAGGCUCUGAAACACGCUACGGCUGCCAAGGUUCCUAUCAUCGUGGCAAUAAACAAGAUCGAUAAGGAAGACGCUCGAGUGGACCAAGUCAAAGCUGAUCUUGCCCGUCAUGGCGUUGAAAUUGAAGACUAUGGCGGUGAUGUCCAGGUGGUACCCGUAAGCGGCAAGACGGGCAAGGGCAUGCAAGAUCUCGAAGAGAACAUCGUCACCUUGUCUGAAAUCCUCGAUGUUCGCGCUGAAGCAGAUGGCAUGGCUGAGGGUUGGGUUCUAGAAUCUAGCAUCAAGCAAACUGGCAAGACCGCCACAGUGCUUGUCAAGCGAGGAACUCUACGUCUUGGUGAUAUUAUCGUGGCCGGCAAAUCGUGGGCCAAGAUUCGUGGCCUUCGCAACGAAGCUGGUGUCGAGGUCCCCGAGGCACCCCCUGGAACUCCUGUCCAGAUCCUUGGCUGGCGCGAGCUGCCUGAUGCUGGAGAACAAGUUCUUCAGGCGCCUGAUGAGGGCAAAGCUAGGACAGCGGUUGAGUACCGUGAGGAAAUGGCUGAAAGACUAGAGAGCUCUAAGCAACUAGCUGAACAAGAGCAGCGUCAGCGUGAGAAGGAGGCCGCUGAGGAAGCCGCCGCUGCUGCAGAAGCUGAGGGCACUGAAGCAGAGCCUGCCAAGACUGAGCCCGGCAUCCUCUACCAGAACUUCAUUGUCAAGGCUGAUGUCGCUGGGUCCGUGGAGGCUGUCUGUGGCACUGUUCAGGAACUCGGAAACAACGAAGUCCAAUCUAAGCUCUUACGAUCUGGCGUCGGCGCAAUCUCCGAGUAUGACGUCGACCACGCUGCUGCAUCCAAGAGUAUCAUCGUCAACUUCAACAUGCCUAUCCUUCCUCAUAUUCGUCAGCGUGCCGAAGAGGCCGGUGUGCGCAUCAUCGAUCACAGCGUCAUUUAUCACGUUGUCGAUGAUGUUAAGAGUGCACUAUCGGACCUGCUACCACAUAAUAUUACACACAAGGUCCUCGGCGAAGCAGACGUAUUGCAAGUAUUUGCCAUCAACGUCAGGAAGAGAUUGCAGAAGAAUAUCGCCGGUUGCAAGAUCCGCAACGGCACUAUCAAGCGGACGUCCAUGGUCAGGGUUAUCCGUGGUGGAGAGGUCGUCUAUGAUGGUAAGUUACGCCUUUCUCCUUUCUACACAUUCUACCCAUCUCCUUACUCUUUGUGUUUCUCUUCCUGAUGCUGACUUAAUCCACAGGCAAAAUAGACACACUCAAGCAUGUCAAAAAGGACGUCAUGGAGAUGGGUAAAGGUACCGAGUGUGGUAUCGGUCUUGAAGACUUCCAGGAGCUACAGAUCGACGAUCAGAUCCAGACAUAUGAGGUAAUUAAGGAAAGGCGGACACUGUAACAACAGAACUGUAAAAUAUGUACAAAAAGUGGAAAUCAAAAGGUGGUCGCUCUCUGAGGAAAGGGAGUUGUGUAUGAAUAGAUGCAUAUGCAGACAUGGUCUUAUGACGGAAGAGCAUGCCAAGAUUUGGGUGUUGGAUAGAGGGACGAUAUACCAAAUUUCACUGUUAAUACUAAAAGUUACAAUUCCAUGACCCCAUUCUUUAAAUUGUUGAAUCAGUGAUGUGGUAAGAGUUCUUAUACGAUUUCUAUUUGGUAACCCUAUGCUCAACUUCGAGAUGGCGCUCCCACAGCAUUGGAUGAGAACGUCCUCGUCGUAAUAGUAGCCUGGUUACGCUCCUUUUCCAAUUUAGCCAACCCAAUACGAUCAGUCACCGGUGUAGCCUCAAUGAUGUUAUCAAAUUCAUCAUCGUCAUCGUCAUCCUCGCUUCCGCUCCUCUCGUUGUCCGAGUCAGGUUGGACGCUGGUAUUAGGCCUGAACUGCUGCUGGUGUUGAUGUGGGUUGGGAAUGAUGGCAGGUUUCUUAUCGUCUUGUUGAUUGGGGUUAGUGAAGGUCUUUGAGGCGAGAACUUUGCGACGAAUCUCGGCCAUCGCGUCCUCGUCAUCUGAGUCGUCAGAUAUUGCGUAGCGAUCCUUUCCCUCCUCCUCCUCCUCCUCUUCUGGCUGAGCUUUAGGGGGCUUCUUGCCAAGAUAUAUACCGUCCACGCUUCCUUCUUCCUCUUCACCACUGUCAUCCUCUUCGUCGUCGUCCUCAUCGUCAGAAGAUUGAAUACGCCUUCGAUUGGUAUUUCCGCUGGUCCAUAUAUCGUCGUUUCCUUCCUCUCGACUCUCUGCGUAUUCUUUCUCCAGUUGCUCCAUCCACUCUUCUUCAGUCUUCUUGAUCUCCGCCUCAUCCGCACAUGCAGCAUAUCGCUUGAGUAAGCUGUGGUUGAUCUCGAGGAAGGAUGGUCCGUAUGAAAACGGUGCAAGAAUCUGCUCCGCCCAAUCUGAGUGACCACAAAUGUAGAAAGCUGCAGCCAGCGCUUCAACACAGUUCAGACGCCAGGGCUUGCCAUAGUUGACCGUAUUCGCAGCGACAAGGUACGGCAACAACCGCUCGCACUUCCCACCAACUUUAUUCCACUGAACCUCCUGCGUUCUCGCCCAAGAGCACUCUACAACAGCAGCGCCGUACUGGUCCAUGAGCUCGCGAUCGGCAGGGGAGACGGUAUGUUUGCCAUUGGGUGUGAUAAUGACUCCGUUAUGGCGUUGGCCGAGAUGCAGGUCGCGCAUCAUUCCAAGUUUCAUGAGUUUCUUUCCGGAACAGCGCUUAGGAUCGCAAUGGCCGAGAUCCCAGCAGGCGGCUUUGAAAGCUGGGCGCGAAGAACCAUCACCAUCAUCAUCACGGCGGGGUCCUCGUCGCAGGGCUGGACCUCCUUUUCUACCCUUGGAGGCGAAAUCUUUUUUGUGGCGGACCAUUUUGGACAGUUUAGCGAAUGUCUGUUUUGUAUUGGAUGUUAUGUGGUAUUGUUCGGAGGUAUGUGUAGUUGACGUCUCGAAUGCAAGUAAUCGCAGGGGACGUCAAAAUUAAAUUUGCCUCCUCCAAAAAGCUAUGGAUGAUGGGUUGAUAAGAUUCUCAUGGUGGGGUUG